CAAAUCGAUUGAAGUAACUACUAACUACUCUGUGUUCUUCUUGGCUCUAAGAUUAUCCCAUUUAGCGAGAUCAGAGAUGGCGGCACCGUUCACGUUGAGGAAGAUCGGAGUACCGCCGAACUCAGCGAACCUGACGGAAGCUCGACGCCGCGUGUUCGAUUUCUUCAGAGCUGCGUGUAGAUCGAUCCCCACCGUGAUGGACAUUUACAAUCUUCAAGACGUCGUCGCGCCUUCUCAGCUCCGCUUCGCAAUCUCUGCUCAGAUUCGUAAUAACGCUCACGUCACCGACCCUAAGGUGAUUGAUCUUCUCCUAUUCAAGGGAAUGGAAGAGCUGACUGACAUUGUCGAUCACGCAAAGCAGCGUCACCACAUCAUCGGUCAGUACGUGGUGGGUGAAGGGCUCGUGCAAAAUACUGGAAGCAAGGAUCAAGGAAAAUCUGAUUUUCUCAAGAAUUUCUAUACCAGCAACUACUUUUGAGAACUGGUGAUUGUUUUCCUCUUACUUGUUUUUUUGUUUUUUGUCAAGUCUCUUUCCAGUAUUGUAUUUUCGAACCUUAAGGAAGAUAGUCUUCUUCCUAAAAAAAAUAAUUAGACCUUUUCAUU